AAGAGGGUAGAAGAAGAGGCAAAGGAUGGUAGGUUUCUUUUUUUCUCCUGCGUUUGAGGAGGCUGUCCCUAAAUUGUUGAGUACAUAAGAGGCUCCCUGUGUGCGACCCUCUCAGCAUUCAAGACCAGAGUGUGAGGGGAUCCAACUAUUCUGCUUUCAGCUCGGCAGAGCUCAUCCUACUACUUCAGCUCCACUGUCUUGUCUGGCCCCCCUUCCCUCCCUCGCUGACUGCUGGCCUGAUUUGCUGAUUUGCUUCCCGGGGAACUUAACAGGAUCAGAAGAGGGUGCCGAGCGUUCAUCGAGUGGUGGAGCGGUCAGAGGCAGCCGGAGUCGUCAUGGCCAUGUCCCAGGAGCGGAGAGCGUGUCUGGGGCUCUGGGUGCUCCUUUUGCUUGGUGCGGGCAUGGAGGAAGUAGUGGAGGGAUGUAGCUGCCACCCAGCACACCCACAGCAGCUUUUCUGCAGCGCUGAGAUCGUGAUAAGGGCAAAGAUCUCUGGAGAGAAGAUUGUGUCGCCUAGCAACAGCUCCUCACCUUACAUGAAGAUGAUCCAAUAUGAAAUCAAAAUGAUCAAGAUGUUCAAAGGUUUUGACAAGGCCAAGGAUAUCCAGUAUGUGUACACUCCAGUCUUCUCCUCACUGUGUGGAGUCAAGCUGGACUCCAACAAUAAAGCAGGGUAUCUGAUCUCAGGGAGUAUGUGGAGCGAUGGGAGGAUCUCUAUUGGCCAGUGUGACCUGGUCGAGUCCUGGGACAACUUAUCACUGUCACAAAAGAAGAAUCUCAACUACAGAUACCAGAUGGGCUGUGAAUGCAGAAUCAACACUUGUUACACAGUGCCGUGUGCGUCCACAGGAGAAAACGAGUGCUUGUGGACUGACUGGCUGCUGGAUAACAGCCUAAACGGGGAGCAGGCUCGACAGUACGCCUGCAUCCGCCGCUCCGACACAACCUGUAGCUGGUACCGGGGUGGACCUCCACCUGAGAAAGACUUCCUGGACAUGACUGACCCUUGACCUGUAAUUCUGACAUCGAUUUCACUCCAUUUGACUCCUGCGACACCUCGAGAAAAACAAAAAUUCCAUGCUUUGGCUUAUGUAGCUCAAAUUUGCCGUGCAAAAGUAGCAACUAAUUUCGCUGAAAAAAAAUUGGCAGAUUUUUUUUUACAUUCAAGGGAGCUUAACUCACCGCUGAGCUUCUGUUAGCAGAGCUCCGGUGGUUGCUACAGCAAUGCUAGGAAAAGUUUCAUAAACUGCAGGGGCUUUUAGCAUUCCUCUGAGUCAUUUUCUCGCUCUCACACAUUCCACUUCGCUUGCUGUUUUCCACAGAAUAAGAAUAGCAGCAGACCAUCCACUGCAGAUUAUUCAACCCAGAGCGAAUCUUCUUUUCAUCCUUCUCUGAAGGCCUCACAGUAAAUGCAUAACCUUUACAAAAGCGAAAAAAUUUGAGGACCUCAUAUUUGUUUAUACGCAACUGUAGUAAUUUAGGCUGUACAUUUACUGAAAGAGGUAUUACGAGGGGAAAAUAACAGUAAAAACUUCUGCCACAACUCUGCAAUGCAAAGAGUACUUUACAUACAGGUAGACUGCAGCACUGCCACAUUUCCUCCACACAUUCUGGUGUUGAAUUUUUACCUUUAUAUAUCACUGAAUAACUGUCCCAUGCAAAUGAAAAUGCACUGUAAAUAGAACAAAGUGACACCAGACAUUCCCUAGUUAAUUAUAUUUGGACAAACUCUGACACAGGAAUUAUAUGUGGCCAUAAUUCUUGUCCAUUUAAAUCAUUUAAACUGUCAAACGUCUGACACUGUAAAUAUUGUACUUCAGUGUGGAUUAACAUUUUAAAAUCUAACCGGAUCUUGUCUUAUAGCAUGUAGAGUUUCUUAUCUUGUGGUUUUGUGUGUGUUUUAGUUUCCUUGGUUGAACUCUAUUUCCUGUGCCAAAAAGUCUAAUCCAGCGCUUUAACAACAGCACUGCCACCUGUAGAAGCCGAGCCCCCCCCCCCCCCCGUUAAAGGAAAUGACGUAACAGGACAAGGUUCAAUUCACCGUUUUAACUCCUUAAGAGGAACAGGAAGUGGAUUCCCCACAAGAACAGAUAGAAAAAACUUUGGCACAAGACCUUAACCAACAAAAAGAGAAAUAACUCUUCAUAAAAAUUAAUAAUUAAAGUGUUAUUUUUAUAGGAAUUAUUUAAUAUAAUUACUGAUGAUUAAUUUAAAACGACCCAAAUCUGAAUUGACCCCUGUCUUGUUACUGGAUUACUUCACUGAAGUCAUACAGAUUAAAAUGCAUUAUCACUUGUUAUCUUCAUGCAUUAGCCCACAUGUCAAGAUCAUAUUCAACAAUAAAAUAGUUUCAUUUCACCUGCACAGUGCAGUAAUUUGCUUGAUACAUUUUGAACUAUUUUAUUAAUCACAUUUUUCAUGACUAAUAUGAUCAUAAUGCAUAAUAACUGUAUGGCUUUAGUGAAGCGCUAUCAAACUAUUUCAUGUUUGUUUUAUACUGAACGAAUUGUUUGGGUUUGUAUUUAUGUCUCUGUUUCUGUCUAAAUAGAGUUUUCUAUUUCCAUGUACCAAAAAAGAUUGUAUAUAAAAUGUCUCAAUGGAAUAAAGUGUCACUGACUCUU